CUAUUACAGGCGGAUGCAACAUCAUUGGCGUCGGUGCAGUCUCUCGUCGAGGCGUGUAUGGAAAACCACGGUCGAGUCGAGAUCGAGCCAAUAACGUUGGACGAUCUGCGCCGGGAGACCCCGCCUCUCUAUCCGAGGAAUUAUGGGGAUUCACAGCUCCAUUUGAACUUGAAGAGUGUCUAUCUCGCUUGCCAUUUUGUUCUGUCCAUCAUGCGAGAACAGAAGGAUGGGAGGAUAGUCAGUGUAUCGAGUAUUGCGGGUCUUCCUUACAUUGGAAAACCACAAGUCGCGUACAACGCCACGAAAGCAGCGAUUAUCCAUCUGUUGAAGAGUACCUGCAGUUCUCUAUGCUCAAGAUAACGUAAAGCUGAAUACGGUGGUACCUGGAUUAAUGUACAUGCCAUAUAUAGAGCAGCUGGCAAAGAGAUAUGGCGCUGAGAGCGAAGAGCAAAUAGCAUCAUGUAUGCGAAAGAGGGAAGAACAAGUACCCAGGAAUAGAAUGGGUGAUGCGUGGGAUGUUGCCCAAGUUUUCCUGUUUCUUGUCUGGGAUAAGACACGAUAUAUCAUAGCAGAGAAUAUUGUUGUCGAUGGAGGGAUCACCGCG